AUGCCCGUCGGACCUCGAGUUUCCAAGGAGGAAUUCAUGCACGCCUUGGGUCUAAACCCCCAAGAUCCCCAUCAUGAACAAUAUUACCGCGCUAUGCGGGACGAAGCAAUCAUGGUCUACAACCGCCUGAACCAGGACAACUCAAGCCUUCUCGACAACAUUCGCGCCGACCCAGCGACCCGCCCUCCAUUCUUCUGGCACCACAUCCGACCAGAUCGUCAGCGUUGGGCGAUUUUAGAAAUCUGGCGCAACGCCGCACCCCUGACACGUGCGCUUUUCGACCUUGGCGCCACAAAUGGCGAGUAUGGUCCGAAUUGGGUGUCUGGGUGGUUGCUGUACAGUGUCUUUCGCUCGCGGGAUGUGAGGAAUAAUCGCAAUCGAAGGAAGGGAGAGACUGGUACUUCUGCGACGUCGGAACCAGAUAAGCAACAGACGGGACAAUCGAGGGGAUACUAUGAUCCCGUGCGAAAUGGGACGGUAUGA